AUGGGCGACUUCAAACUGCAGCUCGAACCAUCGGACAAAAUCAUCUUCAGCGGUAAAAAACUUGGUGAAGAAGCAACACAGGCGAGUAUCAAGAUCACUAACACGCUGAAGGAUAGAGUAGCAUACAAGGUAAAAUGCACAUCAAACGAAAUGUUUCGCAUUCGGCCACCUGUUGGAGCUCUAAAACCUGAUGAUAGUGUCACUGUUUCGUUGACGUUCAAUGCCGGUAAAACCGUUCCUGAUAGCGGCAAACACUACUUUGCUGUUUACUAUAUCAAAGCUCCUGAUGAAAAGAAGGCACCUCGAGCAACAUGGGCAGAUCACAAGGGAGAUCCAGAAGGAACAAAACGUCUUUACAUCGACUUCAAAAAGGAAGAAGAAGAGAAAAAAGAAGAAAAGAAGGAUGAAGAAAAGAAGGAUGAAAAGAAGGAUGAGGAGAAGAAAGAUGAGAAGAAAGAUGAGGAGAAGAAGGAUGAAAAGAAAGAGGAGAAAAAAGAUGAAGAGAAGAAAGAUGAGAAAAAGGAUGAAGAAAAGAAGGAUGAAAAGAAGGAUGAAGAGAAGAAAGAAGAGAAGUAA